AUGGACCUAGCAGACCCCAGCUCAGAGACUGACAAGGAGUUCAUUCAAGGAUAUGGCGUGGCAGAUCAUGGUGAAGUCAGGGAAGCCGAACCUAGUAGACUACUUUCUAGUGCUCAAGAGGGUGGACCCAUAGGGCGCAAGACAGAGGAUGACUCGCUGCAGACCUGGGAGCUCCCUGGUGAGACCACUCACACAUGUGUUUGCAUAUGGACUUAUUGGGACAUGUUUGCUGCGGGGACUGAUACCACUUCAAGCACAUUGGAGUGGGCGAUGGCCGAGCUAUUUCGUAAUCCAGAGAAGCUAUUGAAAGUGCAGGCUGUGCUCAGACAGGUGAUUGGCCGGGGGAUCCCUUGCUAA